AGUGACAUUGUCUUCUGACUUCAGUCUCACAUGAGCGGAAACUCAAACAAAAACACCGAAAUCCCGUCUCACGUGUUUAUUUUAAGCUGAAAAUUAGUAAUUUGAGUAAGGAAUAUUGAAUAAAUAGCUUCGAUGGCUGGUGUUUUACUAAGUCGAACGGAAAAGGUUUUUAUUAUAGAUGGCGUUAAGGAUGAAUACCGGUCAGAUGGAAGAUCAACCAUUGAUUAUAGGCCAAUGGAACUUGAGACUAAUGUGGUCAGCCAUGCAAGUGGCUCAGCAAGACUUCGACUUGCAAAUACUGACAUACUGGUCGGCAUCAAGACAGAGAUAGAUGUGCCCAAGCCUGACAAACCUGCUUUAGGCAAGAUUGAUUUUUUUGUUGACUGUUCAGCAAAUGCAACACCAGAAUUUGAAGGCCGUGGUGGAGAGCAGCUAGCCAACAGUAUAUCAAACAUGAUGCAAAGAGCAUACCAGUCCCCACAGGCGUUUGAUCUAAAACAGCUGUGUAUAUUUGAAGGGAAACAGUGUUGGAAACUUUAUGUUGACAUUUUGAUUUUAGAAUGUGGAGGUAAUCUGUGUGAUGCAGUAUCACUUGCAGUAAAGGCUGCAUUGUUUAACACUAAAAUUCCAUUUGUAAAGGCAGCCCUCAUGGAUGGGGGCAACAUAGACUUACAGUUAUCUGAUGAUCCAUAUGACAGUAAAUUGUUGGAUGUGGGAUCAGCACCACUUUUGGUAACAUUAUGUAAAAUUGGAAAUAAAUGUGUAGUAGAUCCAACAGCAGAAGAGGAGAAAUGCAGUUCUGUCUCCCUCAUAGUUGGGGUCACCGGAAACCGGAAAUAUUAUAGUGAUGAUGAUACAGAGGAACUACCCGCUUUUCAGCCUAAAUGCAGUGCGAUUAGCAUGCAUGGACCUGGUAGUAUUACUACUACAACUCUGAGGAAUGCUAUAAAUCAGGGAAUAAUCGCUGCUGUAUGCCUGGACGAAGCCUUAGGUAAGACCGUCGUAAGAGAAAGGAGAGAUAUUGAAAAAUUCAAGAGACAUUCAUAUGGAUUUUUAAAAUAAAUAUUAAAUUA